AUGUCCAGUAGGGCGUUGUUAGAAGCCGCCACAGCGGCCUUUCUCGUGCGAGACGGGGUAACAAUCUUUGGAUCAUUUACCCUGGCCUCGUGCUGUUCGUCUAUCAUUCCCGAUAGCCUCGCCUUGCAGCCUAGCUUAAAGAUCGUCAUCACGCAGAUCGCGGUUCCGGUGUUGUCUCAACUGGUGACUACCCCCUUACAUCUACUUGGUCUCGACAUGUACAACCGUCAAUACUCGGUAUCAUGGGCCGAGAGAUUCGCUCUUAUCCUGAGGCAUCUACCAUCCGCAACGGUCAUUCGCUGUGUUCGGAUUAUUCCGGCCUUUGGAUUCGGUUGUUUGACGAAUAUAGGACUGCGGGAGUUCUUCCAUAAACAUCGUGAUGAGUAG